AUGCAUCACUCCUCUGUGGCUGCUUCAGCGCUGGGUCUACAGAUAGAGCCUGUCUCGUUUGUUAAGGAUUAUCUCGGACACGUAAAUGUACUCGUUCCUCCCGAGUUUGACAACACAGGCAGCACGUUUGAGGGUCAUGUUUACUCGCUGGGCUCCACACUCUCCGCUGCGCUGAACUUUGUCAUUGAGCCGGAGCUGGAGGUUAUGCUGGGAGAAGAAAUUCAGAGGUUGCUGGAGCAGAUGCAGGACGAGAAGCCCGAGGACAGGCCGCUACUGCAGGACAUCAUAUCGCUGGCUGAAGGACAGCUUUCUCAUACCUCCUCUGCAGCUGUGUGCCGAAAACUAUCCUCCAUUGGGCGACGGGUGCUUUCCAUUGAAUCGGAGGCAUCAUGGGAGGCGAGGUGGCAGCAUCCUAAACCCAGAUGUCUGCUCAGGGGACUGAGCUCAGAUGAUGAUGCCAAAAACAUGUGCAGUGGCAAUUCUGUUACGGCAAACGGUCUGUCCAGAAAACAGGUACAUGACAGUGAUGUUCUGGAGGAAGAAAUCAUUAAACUGUGCAACACCGAGGUGCUGAUACUGUCUUAGAUGAGCUAUGCAGGCCAUUCAUGUUGAUUUGCUAUUAAACCUGUCAGUGUCAGUAAUUAUUUUAAACUUAUUCAAAUACAGAGGCAUUUCCCACACAUUAUUGCUCUCUGGAGCACAAAAGCAGUAUAUGAAUAAUGUUUUGUCAUUUCUGCUUCAUUCUUGCAUUUAUCGAAAUGACAAUGAGAUGUUUAGUUGAGAUUGUUUUUUACAUUAAGAAAAUGGCUGAAUGCUAAGAAUGUCCUCUGCUGGGAUUCCUCUCUCUGGGCUGAGGAUAUGGAAGGAGAUGAAAUGACCUUGACAGAUGAGAUGGAGCUGGAGAGCCCAGCAGAGGCUGAACAGGGUGAGGGGGGGUGCUUAACCGCUCCUGCUCCGUCCCAGACUCCAACAACCCCCCCUGUCUUUCCCCUCCAACACAAGGAGACAUCAGUGUACCAGUGUCUGACCUCACUGAAUCCUGAGCUGCAGGUCUGUGUGGAGUAAACAGACUUCAGAGACUCAACCUCAAACUCUGCUUGUAACAGUUCCGUGUCUAGCUAGAGCAUCAGAAAUGUCUAAACCUGAGAUAAUGAGAGCUCUUAAAGGAAUACUUCACCGAUUUGCAUUUAGCUUUGUAUUACUAGAAUAGCGGUCGUAUUUUUGAAAAGCUGUGCUUCCCAACUUCAGUUUCCCCUGAGUUGAGAAAUAUCUUCAUUCUUUUCUUUGUUACGUGGCCACCAGUGACACUUGUGUGGCCACCCAGUUUAAGGGAACUUCGAUCCAAAGUGGUGUUUUCGGACAAUGUGAAGAAAUACCUGGAGGAACAGAAGGCGCACAACAAUGUCUCACAUUCCGCUUGAUGAUAAGCAGUUUCCAAUGCGUGUUUUAAUUAUUUCUGCAGAUUGUGAGAGUGGAACAGUUUGGUUUGGAGGCUUCAUUAUUAUCCUCCUUAGCCGUAUGUGGACCUGACUCUUUGGACCUCCAUCCCUCUGAGGAUCCCUCUGUUUUGAACUUUGACAAAAGCAAAGGGAAGAGAACCCUGCAGGCUGGGUCUCCUCUGGGCCUCCUCUGGGUCUCCUCUGGGCCUCAUGGCUUACCUCUACACCAGUAUUAUUGAUGAGAGUUUAAAUUUAAAAUGUGUAAGCCAUUGCCUCUAGUGAGGUUGUAUGUUUUGUGGUAGUGUUUCACAGGGUUGGGAAUUCCUGUUAUCUAAGUUCUGUGUUCAAUUAUUUAUCCUUACUGUUUGAAUGUGCCUGACAAAGGGAUGUAGCCAGAUAAUCACAUGAUUACUCUACACUGAAGAUGUUUCACAAUAAGGUACAAAUCUCCUACAAUAAGGGCUUGCGUUUACUCUGAUCAACAGCAACAUUUAGUAUUGCUGUCUUGAGCUAAAGCACAUAUUUUAGCUGCAACAUUUGUAAAUAAAGCUUUUCUCAAACCCAGGGGCCAUAAAAGUGCCACCAUUUACACAGAGGGGCCAUUUAUAUGCAGAAAAUCCAUGCACAAUUCCUGAUUCAGUAAGUUUCACAUUUAAGUCAUUUCAUGCCUACUAUUAGUUCUGCUGAACAAACUCACAUAAAUAAAACCCUUCUUAGAUGUUUGUUUUCUGGUUUGUGCACAGAAAAUAUACAGUAUGCAAAACACUUAUGAAAU